UACUCUUCUGGAUAUCAUCCAUCUGGAAGAGGGAGAGGGAUGUGAGCUUGGCCUCUGCGGCCGCUUUCCAUAAAAAAAAGAUUUCUGUGGCGGUUUCCUUGGAUCUCAAUUCAACAGCGGAAUGGACCCUCCGACCUAACCCACUUUAAAUAGUCCCAUUUGGGCGCCAUCUGAACACUAUCUCCCUCUCUCUCGUCUCCAGCUUCUGAAAGCUCUCGGCCUCAGGAUCCCUUCAUUUCUAGGGUUUCCACCUCCAAAUCCCAUCCGUAACCUGGAGAAUUCUCUCGUUAUCACCUCCGGUCGGCGGGGCUUCUCUAGUAGCGUUGAGCGAAUCGAGAAAUGAGACCCUAUUGUUUUGGAUCGAACAGAGUUCCAGGUGUUGGAUUUAACUUCUGGUAGCGGAAAAGAAGAAUUAUAAGAAAGCUUGUGUUGGCAGCAAUAAGUUUUAGAAUAUGGGAUGCCUGGUAUCCACACCAAGAGAAUCAGGUGGACGCAGAAGAAGGCCUGGGAAUAUUGGGGAGGUGGCUGUGUUUUUGCCGGGAUUCCGAAUCCCUAAGAGUGUGGACUUUUCUCAGCCACUGGGUGACUGCUUAUCAAAGAGUCUAGUGGAGCGACUUUCAGCUCUGAGAGCUCGGAUAGUCGUCAUGGCUGCCCAAGAGGCACCAGCAGCAGUGAAGCCAAGAUCGAGAGCAGCUUCUCGGCAUGGAGGUUCUCCCUUGGCUGAUCUUCUUCGUGCUUUGGAGGACUACUUACCUGUACUGCUGGGAUUGGUGAAAGAUGGUAGUCAGUUGAAAGACAAGGUACGAUUUGUCUGGUUUAACCAGGAGGAUGAUGUUGGGGAAACUGCCAUGACAAAUGCUUGGUAUGAGGUACUGUCAGUUUUACACUUGAUGGCUAUGAUAUGCUUAUCACUGGCCAAUUUGUUGCUUCUUCCUAAAACAUCUACUGAUGGUUAUCAGCCAAAGGUAUCUGAAGAGAGCAGACGUAGCUCGGUUGAUAUUUUCUUGAGGGCAGCAGGUUAUUUGGAUUGCGCUAUUUGGCAUGUUCUUCCUCAAAUACCUCAAGAGCUCAGGAGAGAUCUCCCACAAGACUUAGCAGAAGGAGUGCUUAGAGCUCUCUCCAUGCAGGCCUUGGGUCAGGGUGUUGAUAUUCAACUUGGGAUGGCAAUUGAUAGUCCAAAGGCCACACUAGCAGUUAAACGCCGGUUAGCAUGUGAGAUGGUCAAGUACUGGCAUCAGUCUACACAGGCUCAUGAUAACAUAUCACAACUUCAUUUCUCUGAUGGCUGGGGGAAGAAACAUCAACUUUUUGUGAAGUGGAAAUAUGUUGAAGCAAAGGCUGCUGCAUAUUAUUACCAUGGAAUGAUCCUUGAUGAGGGGAAUACAGAGAAAUCCCAUGGAAUGGCUGUAGCUGCCCUGCAAGCAGCUGAGGAAUUUCUCAAAGAAAGCAAGAAAGCAUGUGAGGCCUUCAAUUUGAUGCCUCCUCUGUCCAGGAUUCCUCCUCUAUGGGGAUCUAUGAAGUACCUCUCCGAGAAGAUCCCCAAAGAUGCCUCAAGCAAGGUUAGAAUCAAUCGUGAUCUCUACAGUCAAGAAAGGAUCCUUCAGACGGCACCGACGUUGCCAGAUUUCGCAUUGGCUUUGAAACCGGAUGACUACCAACUUCCUGCACUAGAUGGUUCAUGGAACAAAGAGGAUAACCAUCGGUAGAAAAUUUCAGAGAAGAAAAAGCCAGGAGAGUACCAGCCCCGAGAAGUUGGAUGUGUCCAGCGAGAGAAAGGGUCACAGUUUUGCAUACCACUGUGCAGUAGAUCAUUAGUUGUGGGAGGAAUUGCUUGUUUACAAGUCUUGUGUAACAUAAAAUUGAGAUAAUAAAUGACAGCAAUGAUUCCAUUCACCAAUGAAGAAA